ACUAUCAGCAACCUCUACAUCAUCUUCCUUAUCCUUACCAUCAUCAGCAAUCUUGCACCCUUCAUCACCAACAUUAACAUUGUUAUCAUCAACACCAUCUUCAUCUUCACCAUCACCAGCAGCAGCAUCUUUAUCAGUCGCACUGUCAUCAUCAUCUUCUUCAACACUAUUAUCUACACCAUCUUUAUCAUCUUUACCAUUUUCAUCACCAACAUUACCAUCAUCAACAACAUCUUCAAUACUAUCAUCUCCACCAUCUUCACCAUUCAUAGCACAAUCUUUAUCAGUCCAACUAACAUCAUCAACCCCACCAGCACAGCCCUCACUAUCAGCAACCUCUACAUCAUCUUCCUCAUUAUCAUCAUUAUCAUCAUCAUCAUCAUCUUCAACACUAUCUACACCAUCUUCAUCAUCAAAAUUAACAACAUCAUCAUCAACAUCUUUAAUACUGUCAUCUCCACCAUCUUCAUCAUCUUCACCAUCCAUAGCACCAUCUUCAUUAGUCCCACUAUCGUCAUCAUCAUCUACCCAAGCACAGCCCUCAGUAUCAGCAACCUCCACAUCAUCUUCCUCAUCCUUACCAUCAUCAGCAAACUCACAGCCUCCAUCAUCAUCCCCACCAUCUUCAGCACCAACAUCACCAUCAUCUUUAAUGCUACCAUCUACACUAUCCUUAUCAUCUUCACCAUCCUCAGAACCAUUUUCAACAGUCCUACUAUUGUCGUCAUCAUCAUCAUCAUCUUCAACACUAUCAUUCACAUCAUUUACAUCAUCUUCACCAUCUUCAUCACCAAAAUUAACAUCAUCGUUAUCAUCUUCACCAUCCUCAACACCAUCUUCACCAGUCCCACUAUCUUUGUCAUCAUCACCAUCAAUACUAUCAUCUACACCAUCAUCUCUAUCAUCAACACCAUCUUCAAUACCAUCAGUUACACCAUCCUCAUCAUCUCUAUUAUCAUCAACAUCAAUAAUAUCAUCUACACCAUCCUCAUCAUCUUCACCACUGUCAUCAUCUUCUUUAACACUAUCAUCUAUAGCAUCUUCAUCACCAUCUUCGUCAGCAACAUUAACAUCAGCUGCGACAUCUUUAAUAAUAUCAUCCUUACCAUCCUCAGUUCCAUCUCCAUCAGUCCCACUACUGUCAUUAUCAUCAUCCCUAUCACCUCCAUUUACAUCAUACUUAUCUUCUUCACCAAGCUCACCUCAUCAAUCCUCACCAUCCUCACUGCUACCCUCAUCAUCUUCAUCAUCUUCACCAGCAAUUACUCCAUCUUCAUCACUGCUAACUCCAGCAUCAUUUCCAUCAUCUCUAUCAGCACUGUCAUCAUCAGCAGCCUCAUCAUCAACAACAACCUCAUUUUCAUCAUCCUCAGCAUUAUCAUCACCAGCGUCACAACCUACUUCAUCAUCCUUACCAUCAUCAUCAUCAUCAUCAGUAAUCUCACCACGAAUAACAACAACAUCAUUCCCUAUUUCUCCACAACCCUCAUUGAUUUCACCAACUACACCACCAUCUACAUCAUUGUCACUUUCGGCAACACCAAUACCAUCAUCAUCACUAACCUCAGCACCAAAUUCGCCAUCCCCACCAUUGUCUUCAUCAAUAACUUUCCCAUCAUUAUCACCAGCAGCAACACCAUCAUCCCAUUUUUCUCCACAACCCUCAUUGAUUUCACUAACUACACCACUAUCUUCACCAUCCACACUUUUAACAACACCAAUAAUACCACCAACACUAGCCUCAGCACCAUCUUCAUCACCUCAUUCACCAUUGUCUUCAUUAAUAACCUCACCACCAGCAGCAACACCAUCAUCCCCUUUUUCACCACCAUCCUUACUGACUUCACCAACUACACCACCAUCUUCAUCAUCACCAAACUCUCAAUCAUUCUCUGCAUCCUCAUCAUCGCAUUCAUCAACACUUACCUCAGUAUCAUCAUCCUCACCACCAUCAUCAUCAUCAUUAUCAUUACAGCCAUCAUCACCGACCUCCCGCUCAUUUAG